AUGGGCCAGCAAGCAUCCGUCCCCAAACCGGGCACCCAGCUCCAAGUAAUUGGAGCGGGUCUCUCGCGUACAGGGACCGCAUCGUUCAGUGCAGCGCUGGAGAUCCUCCUGGACGGACCCAUCUAUCACGGCGGCACGCAAAACACUAUGGGCCGUCCCGUUGAGAUCAAAUCCUGGAUUCAAAUUCUCCGGACUUGGCUUGCUGGCGACCGUGCCACUACCCUAUCCCUCCUCCAACGACGGACUACUGGGUACGCAGCUAUCACUGAUGCGCCCGCCUCGCAAUUGGUGCCUGAACUCCUCGCCCUCUACCCCGACAGCAAGGUCAUCGUCACGGUCCGCGACCCGGAUGCUUGGGUUAAGAGCAUGCAGCAGAUCAGCUCGCUGGCUAAACUGUGGUUUCUAGGGGCGGUGCUGCUCCCACUCCCAGGGAUGCGACAUUUCGUGACUUAUAUCUCCCUGCUACAGGCGCAGUGGGAUACGAUCUAUGAUGGCUCAAGGGAUAACGCGUACAUCUACGAGCGCCAUCUCGAGUGGUUGAAAGAGGUCGUUCCUGCAGAUCAACUGGUUUUCUUCAGUGUGAAGGAUGGCUGGGGUCCGUUGUGUGAGGCAUUGGGAAAGGAAGUCCCGACGGAUAUUCCUUUCCCUCGGAUCAAUGAUUCCAAGGCGAUCGAUCGCGUGGCCGAGUAUCACAUCAAGAGAGGGCUGGCGCGUUGGGCGGUCGCCUUUACAGUAGUUGGGGUCUUCAGUGCUUGGUGGUUCAUGAGGGUUUGA